CUUUAGAACGAAACUGACCUAAUCCAAAAUUUUGGGAAAAUGAGUUAAACUAUAUAGUGUAUUAAAAAGCACAUGCUUUACAAUCGGGUAAAUCGAAAACAGACGUAUCGCGGACAAGAACGGUUAAAACGUAUUCUUCGUCUCUUUUACACGCAUGUGUUUUCUUACUCCCCCUCGCGCCAAUAGCGUCCCACUCAGUGUUGUGUCAGCAGUCCCCAAGGAAGGACGUUACGCAAUACAUUGGCAGUAAUUUUUCAAAUAAGACAAAACCAUGAAGAGAAGAUCAGAUAUUAUCUUGGCUAAAGCUUUGAAAUUAAAAAAAUAUGAAAGUGAAGCAAACAUGCGUGAGAACUUAGCAAGAGAAGCAAAGGAGAAUGAGUGUCCUAAUCUUUCGUUUACGUAUGCAGUACCAGAAGAAAAAACCCGGAAUCAACAACAAAGAGAAUGGAUUGAUGAUGAUUGUUCUGUUAUUGAAGAUUCGCCUCAGAGGGAAAUGCCUUUCCUUAAGCUUAACCAAGAAAAUAACCAGGUACUGAAAAAUCAUUUAAUGGACUGCUCACUAGAAUCCACAUUUUGCGCAAAUGGAGGAUUUGUACAGUCGUAUACAAAGUCACAAAUACGAGUAAGUGAAACAUCCUCAUCUUCAAGCUCUUCGUCUCAUUCAGAGUCCUCAGAACCAGACGCCUCAAACAAACCAGCACAAACAAAUCAAUUUCGCGUUAAUGAAGGUGCAGGCACCAGCACUGAAACAGGCAGGAAUAAAUACGCCGCGAAACCAUCUUAUCGCAUAUCUCCCUUAAAUUCAUGCGAAAGUGAUGUUGAUCUGAGUGACGACGAUCCUACUUUCCAAGGUGAAGAGGGAGUAACUCCUGCCACCCGUGCCAGAAGUUCUUCUAGCAGCGAUUCUACACAGACAACUGAAACUACCGUUCAUGCCCAGAAGCCAAAAAAAAAACAACGUAACCCAGCGCAGUGGAGGAGUAACGUCAUAAAGUCCCUAAGAAAUAGUGGCAAACCCUACUCAUACAAGUUGACAUCCAAAGACAAAAAAGAACCACCUCGUGAAAAGAUAUUUCCCGCCCGCACAAUGAAAGAUCCGUGCCGUGCCGAAAAGUGCCGUUUGAAAUGCGCCACUAAAAUUAAUGAGGAAGCAAGAGCCGCUAUAUUUCAAUCUUACUGGGAUUUUGGUAAUCUGGAAUUGCAAAGAGCCUAUAUCAGCAGUUGUAUGAUAGAAGUACAACCUAGAUACAAGUAUACAAACGCUACGAACCCCAGACAACCAAACGUUGCUUUAUAUUUCACGAUAAAUGGCAAAAAAGAACGUGUCUGCAAGACCUAUUUCCUUAAUACAUUGGGAAUUUCAGACAGACAGCUACGAACAGUCAAGGCAAAAAUAAAUGAAACAGGAUUUCUCGCAACCGAUCAAAGAGGAAAACAUGCUAACAGAAAAACAAUAGAUGAAUCGAUCAUACAAGACGUAAAAAACCACAUUAACGCCAUACCCAGGAUCGAGUCACACUAUUUGAGGGCUUCCACUUCGCGAGAAUUUAUUGAUGGAUGUAAGACUGUGAAAGAACUUUGGAGAGAUUUUUGUAACACCCGAAAUGAGCGGCACCCUAAGGUAGAAUACUGGCUUUAUCACAAUGUAUUCACAACCCAAUUUAAUAUCGCAUUCCAUCAACCCAAAAAAGAUAGAUGUGAUUUGUGUGUAGAAUUUGAAUUAGCAUCUAUUGACCGAAAGAGCAUGUUAAAAGAAAGAUAUCAGAAGCAUUUUGAAGAAAAGACCCUAUGUCGUGAAGAAAAAAAGAACGACCGUAUGAAUUUGGCUGAGGACAAUGGUAACAUUUGUGUUGUGUAUGAUUUACAAGCUGUCAUGCAGUGCCCAACCGGAGACUCAAGUGCAUUUUACUACGUCUCUAAACUAAAUUGUUUCAACUUCACGGUGGCUGAAUUGGCGAAGAAAAAGACGGAGACAACGAAAUUGACAGGAAAGAAAGACCGUAGGAGUCUUAGUGACGAAGUAGGGGCCUACGGAGAGGUAUUUAGUUAUUUCUGGGAUGAGACCCGAGGUCAUAGGGGGGCAAAUGAAAUAGGAUCCUGCAUUCUUGAUUAUUUGACAAAACUCAGCGCAAAAUACCCCGAAAAACGAUUGAAUAUUAUUUUUUAUUCCGACAACUGCUGCGGUCAAAAUAAAAAUAAGUUUAUAACUAGUUUAUACGGAUACGCUGUGGCAACGUUAUCGAACAUAAACAGUAUUACGCACAAGUACUUAAUAAAGGGGCACACGCAAAAUGAGGGUGACAACAUACAUAGUUUGAUAGAAAAGGAAAUAAAAAGGGCCCAUAAGUCGGGGGCAAUAUACACCCCGCACCAAUAUGUAGCCUUAAUAAGAAGUGCCAAAAAAAGUGGGAGCCCAUUUAAAGUACAAGAAUUGAAUUUCGACUUUUUUUAUGACCUGAAGUCAUUCAGUCAGCAGUGGGGAUAUAAUUUUACUGAAGACGAUGACCGAAACAAGGUGUCUUGGAAUGACAUUAAAGUCUUAAAGUUUUUGAAGAGUGACCCGUUUGCAUUCUUUUAUAAGAUAUCUUAUUCCCAAAACGAUUUUAUUCGCAUCGAUAUGCGUAACAAAAGGAAGAAAAUGCCUGAAUUGGAAAACAUAUCAGUAAAAAAAGUCUUCAGUGAGCGGAUUCAAUUAGCUGAAAGCAAAAAAAAAGGCUUGAGAGAAUUGUUACGAAAAGGUUCGAUUCCUGAUUACUACAGUGAUUUUUACAGAGCUCUUUUAGAUGACUAAUUUAUAUGAAGUUUAGUCGUCAAUUUUAAAAUAUCAAUCUUAGAAGGUUUUUUUUUUUUGUUAUUAUUUGUAUUUUUUGGGGUUAUACACGAAAUGACUAAUUACAAAUAAGCUUGGUCGGUUGAUUGAAUAACACGUUUAGAAGUUUAUUUUUAUUUGUUUUUCUUACUUCAUAUUAUAUUGUUCGAUGUUAUACAGGGGAAACCAAAGAAUUAAUAGUCAUUACUUACUACAUUAGUCAUUAUUUACUAGAAUGACUUAGGGACCAUCCAGCUCGUCAUUUAUUACAACUUCACUGUAGGAGUGGAUCCUUAAAUCAAUAACUUUCUUCUUUGUUACUUCCUAAUAUUAAUUUUAUUAUUAUUAUGUUUUAUAAUAGACAACAUUCAAUGUCUUCAAACUUAAGUGUUCCUAUGUUAUGUGGCUAUCACAAGACUGAUAAAUAAACU